AUGGCGUUACCCAGGACACUCAUGGUUUGGUUCUUGUUCGUGGCAUUUUGCGCACAUGUUGCUUUUGCUCAGGACCCCACAGAUGUUGAUGUUAGAGAUCUAGAUGGUGGUGUAGACGAUAGACGAAUACAACAAACUAAUCCUAAUUGGAAUCAAAAACCUAAAAACCCUUGUUAUGAUCUUCUCCGCCAUAUUAAAUUUCUAACUUAUAAAUUGGACAAACAUACCAACCAAGUUCAUAAAAUACCAUUUGAUAUAUUCGAGUCGCAAAAUACAAAACAGUGUAAUUGCUUUGAGAAGGAGGACCGAAUGUUUUAUCAUAUGAUCUAUAAAUUCUCUGCAUCUAUACGGGGGAUUCCGGAGGAUGGAAAAUCCAUCUGCAAACCACGCUCAUUGAUUGAUGGAUAA